UUCUUUACAAAACUAGUUGGGUUCUGUGCUGAUGGUGCAUCAGUUAAUAUGGGUAAAACUAGUGGAGUCAAAGCUAAGCUGUCAGAGUCCUGUCCAUGGUUGAUCUCUGUCUGGUGUAUGCCUCACAGGCUGGAGCUAGCUGUAAUGGACAUGCUAAAGAAAUCCAAUUUAAGCCAAGAGGUGAUGGAUGUUCUUCACCUGCUCUACAAAACCUACCACUAUAGCCCUAAAAGCAGAAGGGAGCUGAAAGCUGUAGCAGAACACCUUAGUGUAAAGGUUCGAAAUCCAACUCGUGUCAGAGGCACAAGGUGGACGCCUCACGUAGAGAAGGCCCUUCGUAUUCUCUUGAAAUGCAGCAGCCCUGGUAGUACUGGACAAUAUGCAGUUGUACUAGAACAUACCGAGCACCUAGCAUCAUCAAGCCGAAGUGCAGAAGUGAAAGGAAGAUCUAUCACAGUGGCAAAGAGAAUGCGCAAUUUCACAUUCAUAACCUAUGCUCAUUUCCUCUUGGAUAUUCUGUACAUAGUCAGAGGUCUCAGUGAAACCUUGCAGUCCAACAAAGCUAUCCUUCCAACAGUCAUGUCAGCAUUAAAGACAGCUGUAUCACAGAUAGAAAACUUGUCUGUGAAAUGUUUACGUAAUUCAUCUUUACAGCAGUUCCUGAAUCUAGUGCACAGGCAUCAAGGGCAAGGGCAUGAUCCCACUGAAUUCAAAUUUCAAGGCAUAGCACUGAAAGGGAUGCCAGGAGAAGCUGCAGAUUCCUCAGAUUUGACGACACUUCCUGGUAACAUUUUAGCAGCGAUGAGGACAACCGUUGAAUUGAUUGUUACUGGGAUACGGGAAAGAUUUGACAACCUUCUUUGCAGUGCUGAUGACAUCCAAGGACCUGGAGCAUCCAAGGCAGUUGCCUGCUUCACAGUAUUAAACCAUGACACCUGGCCCGAACACGACAUGGAAUUGCUCACACAUGGUGAGGCAGACAUCGAAUACCUGAUCCAGUGGUUCGGCCCACUAUUGAAAAGCAAUGAUUGUGAUGUUGAAGCUAUUCCAUACCAGUGGAAUCUGUUGAAAACAUUAGUUCACCAAGAGUUCCAAGACAAAUCCUAUUCUGGGCUGUGGACCGUUAUGCUCACUAAAGAACCUUACAAAAAUGACUUCAAGGAUCUGCUGCAACUAGUACAGAUCAUGCUGGUGCUGCCUGUCACUGCAGCUCAGUGUGAAAGAGUUUUCUCUGCACAAACAAGAGUUAAGACAGACUGCAGAAGCUCUCUGGCAACCGAAACAUUAGAAGACCUAAUCCGCAUCUCAUCAGAGGGCCCUCCUGUUUGCCAAUUUCAGCCAGAAGCAGUAGCCGCAAAAUGGAUGAAUAGUUCUACUAGAUCUAGGAGACUUGCAUAUAAAGGAUGGCCUGGAGAAGUUUCGUAAACUUCUAAGUUAUUGAGUUGUUGUUUGUGUUACUGUAUAUUUAAUGUAAUGAGUUCUAGCGACCUUAGUGUCUUCAGUGACAUGCGACAGACUAUCUAGUUCUAGAAGCAGUCUUGUGUGGGAGUGGCUGGCGAGUAAAAUUUCUAAUUGGCGACCAAAAGUUUAGGCCUGGUCGCCAAUGGCCAGCAGCGGAAAAUGCAAGCUUAGA